AUGCUAUCUUUUGAGCUUGAGCCCGAGCGCCAAGACACAAUCGCGGCGUACUGGAGGAAACAUCAUACGUGGCUGGCUUCGAAGGGUUAUGUGCUGCGCACUUCUUUGCGCGCGAGCUGGACCCCGGCGGCAAGUCUGGAUUUGGAUCCGCGGUACCUGCAGCGCGGAGUGGUCAUAGACGCGACUCGCGCGUCGGAUGGGAUGCACGUCGCACUCAAGCGCGUGUGCUUGGAUCGCGCAUCGGGCGAAGUUGAUCUGGCACAUUACUUCCAGGCGCUCAACGGAAAGUCGUUGCGUAACCACUGUACGCCGAUCUUGGACAUUCUACCGGUAGAUGGAGAGGAGAAGGAUGUGAUAUUGGUCAUGCCGCUCCUCAAGUCCUUCGACGAACCGUCGUUCAAGACCUUUGGGGAGGUCGUGGCGUUCCUGAGCCAAAUAUUCGAGGGAUUGGAGUUCUUGCACGAUACUGUCAACAUCACUCACGGUGAAUGCAUAUCGCGGCAUAUCAUGAUGGACGCUUCACCCCUCUACGAGCAUCCGUACGACCCGUCCUUCCCCACACUACGUAGAGAUUGGGCUGGUCCGUCCAAACCGCGAUCGCGCACUAGCCGACCGGUCCGGUACUACUUCGUCGACUUUGGCCACGCAAAGUCUACGCUUGCGAAGGCGGACACUGCCGAGGUGCAAGAGUUGCGUGCUGCCGAUAUCUACGAGCUGGGGAAUACCAUCCGCAAGGUCUUCUUCAAUCAAUACGACGGCUUCGAGUUCUUGUAUCCUGUGCUCGCAGACAUGAUGCAAGUCAACCCCUCUGAUCGACCCACCGCGCGCACACUAUUCCGCCGCUUCCUCAACGUCCGCGACUCGCUAUCAGAGUCCAAGCUUCGCGCACGGCUGAUCCACCGAAACGGCGAGCCUUUGCUCAGAAAGAUCGGGAAUGAUGUCUCCCACUGGCUCGUCACGGCUAAACGGUCGCUCGUCGGUGUACCGGCCAUACCAGACGCAUAA